UACUUUUAGCGCCUCCGUUUUUCCUUCCGUUGCACGCUCUUCUCUUCUUUUCUACAAGAGAUAGGUCUGUUCUCUGCGAUUCUCUCUCGAACGGCGAUUCUGUUCUUCUCGCAGGAGCGUGCAUAUAUUGCGUUUUUUUGGGUGGCGACCGCACUCUGUCUUGUAAUUGCAGCGAUCUGAUAGAUUUCAGCCCUGUGUAUCGAUUGGGGGCGUCAGGGCGGCGGUGAUCAGACGAGAUCGAUGAAUUUUUGUGUGUAAUUUGUUUUCGUUUUCGAAGUACUUCGAGGAAGAAGGGACACGGUUUUGUGGGUUUAGAGAAGGAUUGGUGGAUGGGCACAUGAAACGGACCGGCGAGGAGGAGGGUUUCAUGGGCUCCCAGCUGAAGCGGCCAAACUUGUCGAGAUCGGAUCCAUUCGGGCAACCACAUAUGGCUCCUGCAUCUGCCGCAAGUAGUACUCAGAAGUUGACAACUAAUGACGCCUUGGCGUAUUUGAAGGCUGUUAAAGAGAUAUUUCUGGACAAUAGAGAGAAGUACGAUGACUUUCUGGAAGUAAUGAAGGAUUUCAAGAGCCAGAGGAUUGAUACAAGUGGAGUAAUUAUGCGAGUGAAAGAAUUAUUUAAGGGGCAUCGUGAUCUUAUCUUGGGUUUCAACACCUUCCUGCCUAAAGGCUAUGAGAUAAAGCUUCCUGAGGACAAGAAGCCUGUUGAGUUUCAGGAGGCUAUUAGCUUUGUGAACAAAAUUAAGAGUCGAUUUCACGAUGAUGAACACAUUUACAAGUCAUUUUUAGAUAUUCUAAAUAUGUAUAGGAGGGAGAACAAAUCAAUCCAUGAGGUUUACCAAGAGGUGGCUGUGCUUUUUGAAAAUCAUCAUGAUUUACUAGGGGAGUUUACACAUUUCUUACCUGAUACCUCUGCUACAACUGCUCAACAUUUAUUGUCGGGUAAAUCCUUUACCAGGCGUGAUGAGAGGAGCUCUAUGAUGCCAAACGUGAGACAUCCUCACAUGGAAAAGAAGGAAAGGGUUUACAACGCACAUCCUGAGCGAGACCUUAGUGUUGAUCGUCCUGAUUCAGAACUUGAGAGGCAGAAGAGACGUGCUGAGAAGGAAAAGGAUAGAAAGGAAGAAAGGGAUAGAAGAGAUGGUGACAGGGAUGAGCAAGACAUGGAGCAUGAUUGUAAGGAUUUGGAAAUACAUCUAAAAAGGAAACCUUCUCGUAGGGUUGAUGAAUCCACUGACCAAAGGCACCAGGGAGAAGGCGCUGAUGAAUUUGGAAUGUACAACAUAGCUGGUUCUUCAGUUGAUGAUAAGAAUGCCAUGAAGAGUGUAUACACACAAGAAUUUAAUUUUUGUGAGAAAAUCAAGGAAAAGCUGCAACCAGAUACGUACCAAGAGUUUCUGAAGUGUUUACAUAUAUAUAGCAAGGAGAUCAUUACAAGAACUGAACUGACGAAUCUGGUAAGUGAUAUUCUUGGAAAAUAUCCUGAUCUAAUGGAUGGAUUUAUUGAAUUUUUGGCACACUGUGAGAAUAUUGAUGGAUUUCUCACAGGUGUAUUCAAUAAAAAACCUUUGUGGAAUGAAGUAAAUGCAGCUAGACCAGUUAAGAUAGAUGAUAGAGACAGGGAUCGUGAAAAAGAGGACAGGGACAGAGAUAGGGAGAGAGAUAAAGAAAGGGAGCGAAUUGACAGAGUUUCGCCAUAUGUCUCCAAAGAAGCAACUAAUAGCAAACUUUCUUCGUUCUCAAAUAAGGAAAAAUAUAAUUUAUACAAGCCAAUAUCAGAGCUUGAUCUCUCAAACUGCCAGAGAUGUACCCCUAGUUAUCGUCUGCUCCCAAAGAAUUACCCUAUGCCUGCUGCUAGCCAUAGAACUGAGCUUGGUGUAUCAGUACUAAAUGAUGUUUGGGUCUCAGUGACAUCUGGUAGUGAGGAUUAUUCUUUCAAACACAUGAGGAAAAAUCAAUAUGAAGAAAGCCUCUUUAGAUGUGAAGAUGAUAGGUUUGAGCUGGACAUGCUACUAGAAUCUGUAAAUGCAACUGCCAAGCGUGUGGAGGAAUUGCUUGAGAAGAUACAGGAUAACACUAUCAAACCAGAAUCUCCAUUUCGCAUUGAGGAUCAUUUUUCAUCUCUAAACUUGAGGUGCAUUGAACGGCUAUAUGGUGAUCAUGGCCUGGACGUAAUGGAUGUUUUGCGUAAAAAUGCAAGUCUUGCAUUGCCUAUCAUAUUGACUCGCCUGAAGCAGAAGCAAGAUGAGUGGUCAAGGUGUCGUGCUGAUUUUAACAAGGUAUGGGCUGAAAUUUAUGCCAAGAACUAUCACAAAUCACUUGAUCAUCGCAGUUUCUAUUUCAAGCAACAAGAUACAAAGAACUUGAGUGCAAAAGUUCUGCUGUCUGAAAUCAAAGAAAUUUGUGAGAAGAAAAGGAAAGAGGAUGAUGUUCUUCUUGCUGUUGCUGCGGGGAAUAGGAGACCUAUAGUUCCUAAUAUGGAUUUUGAUUAUAUUGAUCGAGAUAUCCAUGAUGAUCUCUUUCAGAUCAUAAAAUAUUCAUGUCAAGAAGUCUGCUCAUCUACAGACCAGUUGGAUAAAGUAUUGAGGAUUUGGACAACCUUUUUGGAGCCUAUGUUGGGUGUUUCUCCCCGACCUCAGCGAACAGAGGAGAUUGAGGAUUUAACAAAAUGUAAAGGUCGUGCCAAAAAUGCUGUAAUUGUUACAGGCGAAGGUAAUGGUAAUCCUGCCAAUGAUGUAGCUAUUGCUAAUGCCAAGUCCAGUAAUGGUGAUAUUGGCAUUACUCGAGAACAAGCAAAUUCAAACAAGGCCAGAUUAGCUAAUGGUGAUGCAAUGGUUCUUGAGAAUGGUGUUCAUGAUGCUGACCGACCAGUUCAUCGAGGUGAUAGUGUUACAGGAGCCCUUCUUCACGGAAGAUUGCAGAUCAGUGCCGCAAUGGCUAGCGAAAUGUCUGCAUUAACUGAACAAGCUGCUCCUACAGAAUGUUUAAUGCACAAUAUUACUGCUUCUGCUAUUAGAGAAAAUAUGGAUGGUUUAUCUGGGAUCAGAGCCACUUCAAAAUCUUCUCAUACUGGAACUGUGUCCAUGCUUGAGCCUCGGAUUAUUACUGAAGUAUUGCUUCCUUCAGAGGUAGCAGGUACUUCGAGAUUGAUCAUUUCCAAAAACACUGCCGAAAAUAGUAAAAGUCAUCACUACAAUGAUGGCACUGGCGCUCAAAAUGAGAGAGAAGAGGGAGAGUUAUCACCAAAUUUAGAUUUUGAAGAGGAUAACUUUGUGGCUUUCAAGGAUUCAGCUAUGGAUGCAUCAGCUAAAGCAAAGGAUGGUGCUGCUGGCAAACUAUAUAAAAUAAGAGCUGGGGAAGUGGAAACCUGUGGUGAGGCUGCAGGAGAGAAUGAUGCUGAUGCUGAUGACGAGGGUGAAGAAAGUGGCCAUAGAUCUACAGAGGACAGUGAAAACGCAUCUGAGGCAGGAGAGGAUGUUUCAGGCAGUGAAUCAGAUGAAGGGGAGGAGUGUUCUCCUGAAGAUCAUGGUGAGGAAGAUGCAGAUCAUGAUGAUCAGGAGGAUGCUAAGGCUGAAAGUGAGGGUGAAGCUGAAGGAAUAGCUGAUGCGCAUGAUACAGAGGGUGAAAUAACUUCAUUGCCCUUUUCAGAACGCUAUCUGCACACUGUGAAACCUCUUGCAAAGCAUGUACCUGCUGCAUUACAAGAAAAGGAUGUUAAAUGCUCCAGGGUUUUCUAUGGAAAUGAUUCUUUUUAUGUUCUUUUCAGGCUUCAUCAAACUCUGUAUGAAAGGAUACUUUCUGCAAAGAGAAAUUCAUCGGCCGCUGAGAGAAAGUGGAGAGUUUCGAAAGAUACGAGCCAUCCUAAUCUAUAUGCAAAGUUUAUGAGUGCAUUAUACAGUCUGCUUGAUGGCACGGCUGAUAAUGCAAAGUUUGAAGAUGAUUGCCGAGCUAUUAUCGGAACACAGUCCUAUCUUCUUUUUACAUUGGACAAGUUGAUUUAUAAAGUUGUUAAACAGCUUCAAGCCAUUGCAUCAGAUGAUAUGGACAGUAAACUUCUUCAGCUUUAUUUAUAUGAAAAAUCUAGACUGCCGGGGAGAAUUUUUGAUUUAGUGUAUCAUGAGAAUGCACGUGUUCUCCUUCAUGAUGAGAGCAUGUAUCGAUUUGAAUGUUCUUCAAAUCCCACUAGGCUUUCUAUCCAGCUAAUGGAUUAUGGGAAUGAAAAACCAGAUGUUACAGCUGUUUCUAUAGAGCCAAAUUUUUCAAGUUACCUGUACAAUGAUUUCCUGUCCAGUGUUUGUGAUAAAAAUGAGAGGCUUGACAUAUUUAUGAGAAGAAAUAAAAGAAAAUUUGGAAGUGAUGAAGAGAAUAAUCUUCAUUGCAAGGCUAUGGAGGGGCUUCAACUAUUUAAUGGUUUAGAAUGCAAGAUAGCAAGUUUCACCUCAAAGGUUUCAUAUGUGCUGGAUACAGAAGACCUCUUAGUACGCAUGCCAAGGAGGAGGAGAACUUCCCAGGGAGCUUCAACAUCUUGUCACAAUCAAGCUCAUUUUUUAAGGUCUUACACUGCCAAAGUAGAGAAGUUUCAUCAUUUUCAGGCCAUGAAUUUAACAUGACAUUCUUCAGACAACGAGUGGAAAUUUGUUGUAUUUGGUUGAGGGUCUUUUGGUUUAAGGCUAGACGAUCCUCGUCUCUGACCUUCGCUAGCAUUGUGGGACAGCAGCAGCUUGGUUCUUCCGCUCUGGAUACUGCAAGCUCCACAGUAACUUCCAUAAUGCAUGGUAAAUAUUCCCCAAGUAAUGUGAUUUUCACUGCCUUUUCAUCCACCAUCGUGUACAUAUUAGAAAUAUCAGAAUUUGUUUGUUUGAUUCGAAUACUGGAGCUUCUGUUUUGUACACCUCAACAAAGCUUUUUUUUUAAUAUAUAUUUCUCAAGAAAGUUUAUUUUUUUAA